AUGGCUCCCAAUCAUGUACAGGAUGAUAUACAUGCCGAGUCGCUUCGCGACCCGGAAACCUUUUGGAUGAAUCAAGCCUCCCAUCUCGUCUGGGCACGUCAGCCUAUUUGCGCACUUGAGCGCUCGACUAAGAAGCUCCAAGACGUCUCACAUGAUCAUUGGGCUUGGUUUCCAGGCGGUGAGAUCAAUACUACGUAUAAUUGUGUUGAUAGGCAUGUGGAGGCGGGUAACGGAAAUAAUGCUGCAAUAUGUUAUGACUCGCCAGUGACCAAGAAGAAGGAGCGGUUCACGUACAACCAGGUGCUGGUUGAAGUUGAACACCUGGCUGGAGUGUUGAGAGAGGAGGGCGUUCGAAGGGGAGACGUUGUCUUAAUAUAUAUGCCAAUGAUACCUGCUGCUAUAUUCGGCAUGCUUGCCAGUGCACGACUGGGUGCUAUUCAUGCCGUCGUAUUUGGUGGAUUUGCGCCGCAGGCUCUCGCUCAGCGCGUAGAAGCUUCCAGGCCGAAAGUUAUUCUUACGGCAUCAUGUGGCAUCGAAGGUCUGAAAGAACCAACCAGCUACCGCCCUUUGGUUCGGAGGGCCAUUGAGAUUAGUAAAUAUAAACCAGAAAAGGUUCUGAUAUGGCAGAGGGAGGAGUUGCGCUGGGAUGAUGUAGACAGAAGGCAGGGCGAGAGCCAAUGGGCUCGUUUAGUCAAAAGUGCGAGAAAUAGAGGCCUGAAAGCAGCAUGUGUGCCGGUGAAAAGCGAGGAAGCGCUCUAUAUAAUAUACACCUCGGGGACCACGGGACUUCCUAAGGGUGUCGUUCGUAAUUCGGGAGGCCACGCAGUCAAUCUACACUUUUCGAUGAAGUAUCUGUUUGGGAUUCACGGGCCUGGUGACACUAUGUUCUGUGCUUCGGACAUUGGCUGGGUUGUCGGCCACAGCUACAUCGUAUAUGCGCCUCUACUUGUAGGCGCGACGACGUUGUUGUUCGAGGGCAAGCCCGUGGGCACUCCCGAUGCUGGCACAUUCUGGCGAAUACUUGAGGAGUAUCAAGUCAAUUCGAUGUUCACUGCACCAACCGCUUUAAGGGCUAUUCGAAAUACCGAUAACAACAACGAGUUCUUCAAGGCAAGGGGCAAUAGAGAGGGUCUCCGAAACCUACGAGCACUGUUCCUCGCUGGUGAACGAAGCGAACCUUCCAUAGUGACGAUGUAUCAAAAUCUCCUGGUUAAGUACUGCGCACCGAAUGCCGUGGUCAUUGACAACUGGUGGAGUUCUGAGUCGGGCUCACCCAUUACUGGCCUGGCGCUAUCUCCAAUGACCGGAAAGGAUUUUCAGAACAACGAGAGGAGUUUACCUAUCAGUAUGAAGCCCGGUAGUGCUGGGAAACCAUGUCCAGGGUUUGAUGUUCAGAUCGUCGACGAUGACGGCGAGGUCGUUCCUAGAGGCACCAUGGGCAAUAUUGUCCUGGGCGUUCCUCUUGCACCGAGUGCAUUCACCACUCUAUGGGAGGAUGAACAGAGGUUCUAUAGUAGCUACUUGAAGCGCUUCGCAGGCAAAUGGGUGGAUACUGGCGAUGCGGGUAUGUUGGACCAGGACGGUUUCGUGCACGUUAUGUCAAGAUCCGAUGAUAUUAUCAAUGUUGCAGCACAUCGCUUUAGCACAGGAUCCAUAGAACAGGCGGUAUCUUCGCACCCAAGCAUCGCCGAGUGCUGUGUCGUUGGCAUCCCAGAUGCUCUGAAGGGACAAUUGCCAUUCGCAUUCGUUAUCCUAUCAGGGUCAGAUAACUCAGACUCACCUCUACCUUCCGAGGCCCUAUUACGUGAGGUGCAGAAUUUGGUACGAGACCAGAUUGGCGGUAUCGCGUCUCUUGGCGGGAUGCUACAGGGUAAGGGAAUGAUCCCUAAAACAAGAUCAGGUAAGACGUUACGAAGGGUACUUAGGGAACUCAUUGAAAACGGUGUUCAUGGUGAUUUCGAUAAGGAGGUUGGGGUACCGAGUACAAUCGAAGACUAUGAUGUGGUAAUUGUUGCUAGACAAAGAGUUAAGAUGUAUUUCCAAGCAGCUGGUAAGGAUUUGCAUAAGGCCAUAGAGCCUAAAUGUAGUAAGCUUUAG